UAUGAAUCAACCUAAAUUAUCAUAAUCAUUAAGCAAAAGAUAUACGCCUUAUUGUUGUACAGAGUAUAUACUUCAACAGAGUAUAUUCCAACAUACAUGGAAGUAAGUAAGGAAUUUUAAGUCAAGCAAGUGGACCCAUUAGCCGGAAGACCAGAGUACAUCAUUGUAAAAACCCAAUUCGACUUUCUGAAUGAUGGUUGAGAGUUUCAAAAGUUGAAGAGAGAAAAUUUAAAUUUAUUUAACUCAAUUUAUAUUAUUUUACUGUAGGGGAAAUUAAAAAAUUAGAGUCAAGUAUGACGCAAGAAACAUUGUUCUUGCUGCGGCCCUUUGGUCAAAAUGUAGGAGAAUAUUGGGAGGUACACACUUGCUUCGGAGGAAAUUUCUUUAACUUUCUUCUUUCUCUUUAUAUAUAAAUAUAAACUCAAUUUCCUGACAGCAAAUACAACGAACAAUAACCAAAAUUCACAACAUCCUCCAUUGAAGAUUUCUUGAUCGCAUUGAGAAAGAUGACACUGCCCGCAACACCUGGUAGGAUGAAAGCAGCAAUCUUCGCCUCAUCCAAAACCAACACUUCUCACACUUCUUCUUCAUCUUCAACCCAUUCUUCCCCAUCCCAAACACCUUCCCACACGCUAUCAGAAUCAAUGAUGGAGGAAACCAUAGAUAACGCUGAGGCGAUUAUUAAGAAAUGGGAUCCAAAAGGAUCCUACUCCCAUGAGAAACUAUUUCAAGAAAACAAAGACGAAGCCCGGGAAUUCAUCAAGUGCGUCCAGGAAUUGAGAAGAGUGAUGCACGUCCUGGUUUCAAAUCGUUCGGGACCUGGGAAGCUAGCUCGAGCACAGAACUCGAUGCAUCUGGCCAUGGAGAGACUUCAGAAGGAGUUUUUUCAGAUACUGUUGGCGAAUAGGGAGCGUCUGCAUCCCGAAUCAGUGUCCACCAUAUCUUCUCGCAUCUCAACAUCACUUUCAUCUGAUUCAGAGAAAGAAGAUAGCUUUUGCUUGUCAGACAAUGACAUUCGUGUGGCUAUGAGUGACUUAAGGCAGAUAGGUCACUGUAUGGUCAGCUCGGGAUACGCCAAAGAAUGUGUCAAUAUAUUUGAACUCAGGAGAAAGUCUGUUGUGGAGGAAGGGCUGUAUAACCUUGGAAUAAGGCGGUAUAGCUCAUCAUCCCGCCACAUCAGCAAGACGGGCUGGAAUAUUCUGGAGGAUCAGAUCAAGAACUGGUUAAGCGCGGUAAGAUUCGCAGUUAGGUCCCUCUUCAAUGGUGAGAGGCUUCUCUGUGAUUACGUCUUUUCUGCAUCAGAAACAAUAAGAGAGGCAUGUUUCACGCAUAUAGCAAAAGACGAAGCUAUUAACCUAUUCAGAUUCCCAGAACUUGUUGUUGCAGGGAAGAGCAAGAUAUCGCCAGAUCAAGUCUUCAUCCUCAUGGACAUAUAUGAGGAGAUCUCAGAGCUCUUUCCCGAGAUUGAGUCAAUCUUCUCAUAUGAAUCAGUCUCAGAAGUCAGGCAGCAAGCUCUCUCCUCUCAUCAAAUAGUAGGACAAUUAGUCCAAACCCUAAUUUCUGAUUUUGAGAAAUCCGUGCAGAAGGAUUCAUCAAAAAAGCCAAUCCACGGCGGAGGGAUACAUCCAUUGACCCGUUCAGUGAUGGAUUUCGUCUCAUCAAUGGGAGAAUACUCCGGAACCUUUCAAGACAUAAUUGGUGAGGGAUCAGUAUCAACACGGAUUGAUAGGAUCAUCCUCACACUUCUCUGCAAACUUGACACCAAAUCCAGGCUCUACAAUGACGUUUCUCUAUCUUACCUUUUCCUAGCGAGCAACUUCCGGUUCGUCACGGAGCGGAUAAGGUCAAGCUCCCUCCUCGAGUGUCUCCUAGGUGACGAAUCGCUGUCGAAUUUGGACAGGAAGGUGAACUCGUAUAUAGCAAACUACAAAGCUAUGGCGUGGGGAAAAGUGAUUUCAUCUCUUCCAGACAGAUCGGAUCCAUCACUUUCAAUUGAGGAAAUAGAGGCGCAUUUCAGAGAAUUCAGUGCCGCCUUUGAAGAGUCAUACCGGAAACAUAGAGCGUAUAUGGUUCCCGACGGGAAGCUCCGAGACGAAAUAAAAUUGGCAGUAGCAAGAGAAUUUGUAGCGUAUAAGGAAUUCUACGAUGCAUACCUGGAAUUGCUGAGCAGUGCGAAGAACAUGGAGGCUCUGGUUAGGUAUUCUCCUGAUAAUUUGGGAAACUACUUGUCAGAUUUGUUCCAGGGAACAUCCAUGUCCGGCAUUUCACCGCCAUCAUCAUCAAGGUCUCGUGUAUCCCGGUUUCUUCCCUAAUCCCAGGAAGUCAGCAAAAUCUUCGCCAAGCUUUAUUGUUUU